UUAAUCACGUAGUGUAGUAUAAUAACGCGGCGUGUCUGCUGUGAUGCAUGUAAUACAAUUGUAGUGUAAAUAAUGUAAUUUUGUGAACGAGGUUUGUGUGAUCCAAAGAAUACAUGUAAAAAAAAAUGUUGACAUAUUCAAGCAAAAUAAUUUUAGCGCCUAUGGUUCGUGUAGGUACUCUACCUAUGCGAUUAUUAGCACUGGAAUUUGGGGCUGAUAUCGUAUACACUGAAGAAAUAAUUGAUUUUAGAUUAUUGAAGUGUCAAAGGGUAGAAAAUCGUAUUCUAAAUACUGUAGAUUUUAUUGAUGAAGACCAGAAUGUAGUUUUUCGGACAUGCGAGAAGGAAAAACGUAAAGUGGUUCUACAGUUGGGUACUUGUUCAGCUGAAAGAGCUCUGAAGGCUGCUCAAAUGGUAGUGAAUGAUGUGUCAGGUAUUGAUAUAAACAUGGGAUGCCCUAAAGAGUUUUCAGUUAAAGGAGGUAUGGGUGCUGCUUUGCUUAGUCAACCAGAGAAAGUGUCCAAUAUCCUCACUACAUUAACCCGUGCUCUGUCAUGUCCUGUUACAUGCAAGAUUAGAGUACUGCCUGAUGUAAUCUUGUUCAGAAAUCAAGUUGAUAAAGUUCCCACAAAUGAAUGUUUUUCACU